AUGCUUGAAUCUCGUGGAAGAAUUUCGGAAGCAAUCGAGUUUAUUGAAGUAAUUCAAAGGCAGAGGCUUUUUACGGAUAUUGAUAAAAUGAGAUUAAAAAUUAAAUUAAACAAUUUAUAUCGGGCAUGUGGAAGUUCAAAUUCUUCAAUUAAAUGCAUCGAGGAAGAUAUGAAUGAAUGGACGAAUUGGGUUAAUUUAGUCGAUUUAAUAAUUACAAAAGUUUCCUCAAUAGAAGAUCAAUCACAAAGAGUCAGUUCUCUAAACAAACAUAUCGAAAUGUGGGAUGUUUUGAUGAGUGAAUGUUAUGCAAAAGUUUCGCACGCAUCUGAAUUACGAGGUCCAUUGAUGGGCCGUUUACUUUUUAUGGAUAAAAUUAUUAAUUCAAAUAUUUUAACAAAAGAUGAAUUAAUCGAAACAAAACUUGGAAGUCCUUUAAAGGCACUAGAAGAACUUGCAGAUAUCGUUUGUGACAGACCUUUUGGCUUUGCUGAUAUGAAAUUAUUUCUUCAUUUAUUGAAAGACGAAGAAGGGAAACAAUUAUUGGAUCAUAUUUCUUUUAUUGGCAUUUAG